GAGGGAGGGCUAAGCAGAGUGGAAGGACUGGGGCUCUAAGGUGGGGGCGGAGAACACAAGAAGCUUUGGGACAACGGGGAAAAGUAGGACUGUGAGUUUGUCUGUGUGAAUACAUGAAAAAAGUGGAAAGAAGAUGGGUGGAUCAAAGAGACAUGGCAUGGAUUGAAGUAGGAUGUGGAGCAACAGAAGAUCGUAUUUGUCACAGCUGACUUGGACAAUAACAGGAAGAAAGGAACAACCAAGUAGAGGUGCAAAGAAUACCAAGGACUUGCCUAAACAAGAGGCAGAAAAAGAAGACAGGCCUAUCUUAGGUGGUGUGCACUCAUUCACCCACAGAAAGAGAGAAACACUGAGUCAAAUCAGACAGAAAGACAGACAGGAAGAGCGAGGGGGGAGGAGUAGGAGGGAAUGAGGUAACAGAAAACGAAAAAAAUAAGAUAGCAGAGAGGCAAAAGAUUAGCACUCGUGAAAAGAGUGUGUGUGAGGUGGAGCAAGGGAGAACGAGCCAAAGAAGUUGGGAGGGGGGGGGGGGGGGGGGGGGGGGGGGGGAUCUGAAUACAGAGGGAGGGUGACAGAAAGUAGAAAAUUGGUGAGUGUUGUUGAGCCAGCUAAAGCGGAGAGGAAAACAGAAAGUGAGGAGCCCAGCGGGUGAAGUAAGCAGGUGGGGAAAGCGAUGAGGGGGCAGCUCUUGAAGUCAUUCUUCUCUUUGGUGUUCACUCUCUUCUGUUUGGGGAGCCUGCUGACCACUUUCAUAUGGUACAUGAUCGACAACAAUAAAGUUGAACCUCAGAGGCCGCAUACGCAAAAGAAAAGUGCCUCCCAGCCCAAUGACCCCUGUAAAGGCUGCAAGGAGGUCAUCAACCAAGUAAUAGAGCGUUACUCUAAACCCUGGAAAAAGCAGGAGGACAAUUACCAAAAGUUCAGAUCUCAGCUGAGCAGCAAGUGCCAUGGUUUUCACAAGGCCAUCAUCACCCAGGCCAACAAUCCAGUGGGAUCAAAGCUUGUGUACGACGGAGAAAAGAAGAGGAUCCUCCAGGUCACCCCAGAGAUUUUCAAAACCUUUGCAAAGGAGCAUCCAUUUCCAAAUAAAACAUGGGACACGUGUGCUGUUGUUGGGAACGGAGGGAUACUGACCAACAGCAGCUGUGGAAAAAUGAUCGAUUCAGCUCAGUUUGUUAUCAGGUGCAACCUAGCUCCUUUGGAUAAAGGCUAUGCGAAACACGUGGGCAUCAAGACAGACCUUGUGACAGCAAAUCCAAGCAUCUUCAUAGAGAAGUAUGGGGCUCUAAUGGGACGUCGUCGUCCGUUUGUGGACAGUCUUCGUAUCUAUGGCAACUCCUUGCUGCUCCUUCCCGCCUUCUCCUAUGGCCACAACACUCCUGUGUGCAUGCGGGCCGUCUACAGCAUUGAGGACUUUGAAAGUCCCACCAGGCCCGUGUUCUUUAACCCUGAGUACCUCCAGAGUCUGGCCCUCUUCUGGCGCUCACAAGGCCUGAAAGCAGUGCGGCUCAGCACCGGCAUAAUCAUGGCCAGCCUAGCACUGGAACACUGUGCCAACGUGCAUCUGUACGGGUUCUGGCCCUUCAGUAAUCACCCACAUGGACUCUAUGUCCUGACUAACCACUACUACGAUGACAGACAAACUAAAACAAAAUUCCACGCCAUGCCGGCUGAGUUUGACCUCUUGUUGCGGCUGCACACCCAAGGGGUGCUCAGGCUUCACCUGGGAGAUUGUUGACCAGUUGAAAAUUAGUUCCCAGACCCAGGGGCAACUGACAGGAAUGAAGAAAAGUGCCUUUUUUUGUAGUCCAGUCUCUCGUGAAGUCCUGCAAAUACUUUUGAAUGAACGGAAAGAUGCAUUUAUGGCUGAUGACACGGAUUAGAGGGUCCAAGCAAGGUGGACACUAGAGGGAAUGCAGCCAAGACAUUUGCACUAAAAACAUUCAACAAUCAUAAGGCUAUACAAGUUGCACAGUCUUACAGUGUAUCUGAAAUUGUAUUUAUUUUGUUACAGCCUGGAUUCUAAGGGAAUCAUUUGUGGGAGUUGAAAAUAUAGUGCCUGGUUUUGGAUCAAACAGAAUGUAUUUUGAAGAAAAUCAAAUACCUCCUUUACAUGAAGAUUGUCUGGCUAAAACACUUUAACGUUUAAGGAAAACUGCCACACUCUGAAUGUAAAGAAGCUUUUAUGGGGAAAUGUACAGUACUUACACAUUAAUAAGACAAUUGUUAUAAAAGGCAGUUCCUGGACACGAGGUACGUCACAGGUCUCAGAGUGCCUGCCGGUGUCAUGUCCCAGUAGUCUCAACCACAAAUCAUCAUUGCUUCCCUCUGCUGGCUAUGGUUGACAACAGAUGACCCUAUCAAGUUAAGCUCCGAGCCAGGGACUAAACAGACACCACAGAAAGAAACAAGAAUGACAACAUGACUAAACACUGGAGGUCCCUCCUCACAAAGGUUGCUAUGGUGAAUCUGUGUUACAAUGUGCUACCCCUCGUCACCACAAAGACCAGAGGGGGACAUUUUCUGGAAGUGGAAACUUUCACAUAGUGGUACAAUGUUAGGUUGUAAACAAGUACUCUUUAAGUUGAUGUAAAUGCUAAAUCUAUGACUGACUCCAAUGUAAGGAGAUGAAUUGUGAAUUGAGCACUUUGAUUGAAAAUGUUAACCUUUGGGUAAGAAGUAACAUUUGCUUCCAGGCUUUCAUGCUGAUAGUAUAUAGUCUUAACAGUGUUUUUUGUCAUCCAGAACAACAAUGUACAAGCUGUACACCAGACCAAACUUGAAAGAUCAUUGUGAGCCAGUUUUAGAAUAAUGUGAUUUGGUUUUUGUUUAGUGAACAGCAUGAGUUACGAGGGACAAUGAAGUUAAAGUAAAUCAGUGAAUAAAUAUUUAAAACAAACCA